UUCCGACAGCGGGCGCUAGAUGUCACAGCGAGCGCUGCGGCGCGUAUUGACGCGAAAAUCGAAUGUCGCAAGGCGCGCAUGUGCGCGUCCCUGACCGCGCAGGCGUUGGGGAGGCUAGGGUCGGCCCUUCCUUCUCCCAGUAGCUCGCUACCCCGGCGGCUACUCCUAGCGUUCCGAGGCCGUUUCGAAACAAAGCGAAGAAGGGACCGCCGACCAUGUCGGAGAAGAAAGUCGAGCAGUACUACACGCGGCCCCCGACGCUGGGCGCAUGGGAGGGCUUCCGCAUCUUCCUGUGGAACUCGGAGACGCACCAGUUCCUGGGGCGGACCGGGAGCAGCUGGGCUAAAAUCCUCUUUUUCUACGUGCUGUUCUAUGCCGGACUGUCUGGCUACUUCGCCGCCAUGCUGGCGGUGUUCUACCAGACACUGGACAUGUCGAGCCCGAAGUGGCAGCUGGACUCUUCUCUCAUCGGGAGUAACCCAGGUCUUGGAUUCCGCCCCAUGCCGCCGGAGGAGAACGUGGAGAGCACGCUCAUAUGGUACCGCGCCAGCGACAAGAACUACGAGCACUGGACCAAGGAACUCACCAAUUUUCUCUCAGGGUACAAGACCAAGAACCUCCUGGAGAGCGGCGGCGACAACCGCGUGGUGUGCAACUACAACAUGGCGCCGGACCCCAAGAGCGUGUGCGCCGUCGAGCUGGAGAAGUUCGGCGCGUGCAUCGAGGAGAACAACUACGGCUUCCCCACGUCGUCCCCGUGCAUAUUCCUCAAGCUGAACAAGAUCUUCAACUGGCUGCCCAACUACUACAAUGACACGGACUCGCUGCCCGAAAUCAUGCCAGAAGACCUCAAGACACACAUUCGAGACCGGAAAGACACGCCGGAGAUGAACACCGUGUGGGUGAGUUGCGAGGGCGAGAACCCCGCCGACAUAGAGAACAUCGGCGCCAUCCAGUACUACCCUUCCCGCGGCUUCCCCGGCUACUACUUCCCGUUCAGGAACACCCCUGGCUACCUGAGCCCGCUCGUGGCUGUGUACUUCGAGCGCCCUGCGACUGGGGUGCUCAUCAACAUCGAGUGCAAGGCCUGGGCCCGCAACAUACACCACGACCGCGCGGAGAGAAGAGGCUCCGUGCACUUCGAGCUCAUGGUCGAUUAGUCGAUAAAACGAUAACAAGCUUUCAUCGACCAUCCACAUAGCGCAGUGUAGUACUUACCGUGUUUGAGUAAAUAACAGUUAAUACAUUUAGAAACAAAUGUCUGCAGCUUGACGGCUUUCACUCACUGGGUUAUUUGUAGGGGCAUGUUUUUUUCCCUUCUUCUUGAAAAUAUGUGGAGAGCAGCUGUGUGUUAAAACACCGCAGCAUUGUUUGGGUGUUGUGGUUGGCUGGGUUUAUUUAAGGUUCUUGUCUGCUGUCAGCUCACCAAUCACAGCCAUCCGGCGCGGAAGGCAAACAUGUCCUGAAUGGCCCGGCCAAAUAACAAUAAUGAAACUGCUUGGAUGAGAGAUCAGAAUUUUUUUUUCUCGCGAAAAAUGCCUGCCCCUUGUUAUUUGUUAUUACUUUUUAUUUGUGAUACUUUUUUUGUGUGUGUAUGCUUUCGAGUGUAACUAGCAUGGAGUUAAAUGUCAAUGGUUGGUCUUCCCAACCAUUGUCUCGCGAAUAGAUAAUUGCAUCCGGCAAUUUUUAAACCGCAUUGAUAUUUUAUCUCAAAAGAGCACUGCCAGGUUUAAAGUAGAUAAAUUAUUAAGAAUUCUUACCAUGAUUUAUGUUUUUGUAAGCUCAAAGGUAUAACAUAUUGGAGUCAGGGGCAAGGGUAUUUUGCCCCCCCCCCCCCCUCUGAAACCUUGAAGUGGGGGCAAACGGGGGCAAAGAAAGUGCUGUGUAAUCAAUUUGUAGAUAAUAAAACUGCUUAAAUAACACCAUUUUCCACCUUGAAAUACAAAUUUUCCCUGGGGAGGACCCCCGGACCCCCCGCUUCAAUAGGGGGGAUAGAUGAUUGGUAUAAAGGUAUAUAUUGCCCCCCCCUCCCCUUUGGAAAUUUAGUUGUUGCGCCCCUGAUUGGAGUCACAUGAUUUCCUUAAGUCUGGUCAGUUACCUAUAUAAAAGUGCAUAUAUUUGUUAUUAACUUAAGUAAAAUAUAUAUGUAAAUAUUCAAGAACUGUAUUAUUUAAUGGUAAUACAUAAAAUGUUGAUAGAA